AUGAUUUUCAGUGAAGAAUGCAUUAGUUUGUCAAUGCAUGCUGGCACGAUUGUCCGCCUGCUCAACGACCUUCGAUCGUGUCAGAAUGAGAACGAAGAAACGAGGUUAAAUGCGGUGAGCAUUAUUCUAAAAGAAGACGAGGAAAAAGGCGAAGAGAUGGCGAUUUCGAAGAUAGAAAAAAUGGUAGAGUAUAACCGGAGAAAAUUGUUGAGAAUGGUUUAUCGAAGAGGAACGAUUCUUCCGAGAAAAUGCAAAGAUUUGUUCUCCGAUUUAUGUAAAAUGGGUUACUAUUUGUACUUGUCUGGUGGCGGUGACGAAUUCACUUGUCCACAACUAAUAAUGGGGGAUAUGAGGCUAUUGAUCCAUCAACCCCUAAAACUUCCUCCGUCUUGA